AUGGCCCCGAGACGUGGAGCAGUGGCCACGGCCACCGCCAACACCGCCCCGAAUGGCAACGGCCAGUCCCCGCAGCAGCAGCAGUUGCAGCUGCAGACGACGUCCCUCACGGGGACGCUGGAUCUGUUCGGUGGUCUGGAUUCGGACCACGGUUUCGAAUCAUCGCAUUCGGCGGACGGCUCCGGGUCCGAGGGCGCCAACAUGUCCCGGUGCUGCAUGCCGGUCGGCGUUUGCCUGAAGCCGCUGAUCGAGUACGGACCGAUGAUCAACCUGGAGGACCUGCGGGACUGCGUGCGGGUGGUGUGCAGCAGCGAGGGCUGCAGCGCCGGCCAGUACAUGCACCGCGAGUGCUUCGAGCACUGGGAGGAAGGCAUCCUGGGCUACCUGAAGUCGAUCGGGCGGGCCCGCUCGUGGUCGGACAAGCAGCGCCAGCAGAACCUCUGGACCAAGAAGGGCUACGAUCUGGUGUACAAGAUGUGUGGCUGCAAGUGUGGCCGCGGACACCUGAAGAAGGACCUCGAUUGGAUUGCACCGACCACGGCCAGCCUUUUCGGGCGCGCUCUGGUUGGGACGGGAGGCAACAACGGAGGUGUCGGUUGUAUGCUCGCCGGUGGAGGCGGCGGCGAAGAGGAACUGCUGAAGAAGAAGAAGAAACGGAACCGCCAGAACCAGAAGCCUCUGCUGGCGAUCUCGACCAACGCAACUAGUAGUGCCAAUAGUAGCGCCACCAACAGCCCGAACGUAGGAGGGAUCACUAGCAGCACCCACCACCACCACCACCCGGGCGCCGUGUCCUCGAGUGCCCUGUCGGUGUUGAGCACGCUGAAGCUGAGCGAUCACUUCGCCACCUCCCUGAUGUUGAAUGGGUCCGGCGGUGGUGGCGUUGGUGCUGGCGCUGGAAACUUGUUCGGUCACCAUCAACUGAAUCCGCACCAGCAUCAUCAGAGUGUGAUGUCGGCGGCCGUGGCGGCAGCGGCCACGGCCAGAAUGCGUGCCAACAGCCUGUCGUCGAUCAGCAAUGGGUCGAGCACGCCGCCGGCUUCCGGCACUUCCUCCAUAAUCCUGUACGGGGGCGUCGGGUCCGACCAGUCGAUCUCGCCGGUCCACAAUCAGCCGCCCAGUCCGGCCAGCAUCGCCAAGCUUCCGCUGACACCGAAAUCGAAAGUCGAGCUGUACUCCGAGCGGGUCCGAGCCACCUCUGGAGCAAAUGGGAUCUUUUCGCGCCGCUUAGACUUCUCAUCGUUCAACGCCUUGCCGCGACAGCGAAUAAACUCCUACUCGAUAAAGAUCGAAGACGAGGGCAACCACGGAAACGAUGAAACCCGUCUCUUCAUCCUGUCGUCGCUGGCCGCCCAACACAAGAGUCGCGUAGCGUGUAUCCUGUGCGAGGAACCGAUGCUAGUCUUUGACCGCUAUCCGCUAGUCGACGGAACAUUCUUCCUAAGUCCGAAGCAGCAUGCCAAAGGAUGCAUUGAAGUGAAGUACGAGAAUCGUGUCCAUUAUCUGACGUCCGUUUGCAUGGCGUGUCUGGAUGGCGUCGAGCCAAAUCGUGCUGUACGAUGCAGAUUUUGCGCUCAAAAGUGGGACGGUUCAUCGUUAGUGCUUGGUACUAUGUAUUCGUAUGACAUUUUUGCGGCAAUGCCGUGCUGCACCGAGCGAUUGAAGUGCAACAAUUGCUUCAAGCUUCUAAUGCAUCCCCAUCAGCGGCUGAACUACUACAGUGAGUACAGUCUCAACGUACCGUGCCCGUACUGUUCCGCUCAGGACACGCACUUCGUCAAGCCACUGGCCUACUGCUACACCAAGCAGCCAAUGCAGUUAUUCCAGCACUGGCCAUAA